AUGGCCGAGCCAGAUCAACCUUCCCUCCGCAGUAUCGAUCUCCCAUUUUUAGGCAUCUGCUCCAGAUGCAAACGCAUAGCUUGGUGCAAAAACUCGACGGCAUUUAGCGACAAAUGGCCUCAUGAUUGUGACGUUUUUGCAAGCCCACACACGCAUGCACGCAUAUGGGAUACGGUGGAGAGUAUAGAUGGUUCUCGUUUCAAUCUUUUCUACCUCUUGCAAGAGACAAAUGACUAUCUGCAAGCGAAAUUCGGAGGUAGUCCUCACUUAGUCCGAGAGUUGCCUGAACCGCCGCGUCUUUAUUGGCCGUAUGAAAUACCAGCUGAGCUGAAAGCAUACAUUGACUGGUCCUCGGAAUGGACUUCUCAUCAAACGACCUUGCUUGCCGGUACGACUUUGGUUCAAGGUACGCCUUUCAUUUCCUUUUGUCCCGCGUGCUGCCGAGUCGUCUGGUUCAGCAGCAGGGGGGAUCUACGCUAUCAUUGGCCACCAUUGACGCACUUUGGCUUGAAGUUUGCGGCACACCUUUUCGAAUUUGUGUCGCCAGACGUCAACGAAGAGACGGAAAGCUCCCUUGAGAGAUGGAAUAUCUAUUACCAGACACUUUUCAACCUUGAUGCGUCUCGCCUCAGGCACUUUCAUGACCCCCCGCCUGUUUGCCAUAGCAGGUUCAUGCCGUUACGGGUACCAUGCGAUCAAUUCACAGAUCUUGCGCCUGAGAUUUGGGUUCAACGAGACGAAGACAAAUCUGAUCACUCUGUUGAAUGGCAACAAAGAGCCACUGAGCAACAUGUCCGGCUACGAUCCAAAUUUGGAGCCAGUCGUCAUCCGAUUGAGGAUGGUGCAGACUCUCGGAAACUGUCUGGCCAGCCAAUUUUUCAGCCACAUGAAGCCCUUUGGGAGCAUUCAUGUUUCAAGUGGCCUCUGAUAGAAGAUCCCGACAUCAUGGAAAUCAUGGAUUUUCGAGAUCGCAUACAGAAGUUUUUUCGGCACAUUAUGGCGCUGCUUGAAGGAGAGCAGACGCCCCCCAUCUUCGCACCUCACCCGCCUCGGCGGUCUACAGACGACCUCCAGAUCACUGCUUUGCCAGCCACAGCUGAAAUGGGCACAGUCGAAACAGAUGCAGCCGAGGCAUCGAUGGGCACCAAUGUUUUGGUUUAG